AUGGAAAACCAAACCACAGACUUAAUCGACUGGCCACUGACAACAGAAUUCGACUACAGCGAUUCAGCGCCAUGCAUGGGAACUGAGGAAAAGCACUUUGCAGCAAAACUUUUGCCACCACUCUAUUCUUUGGUGGUGAUAUUUGGCCUCACAGGCAACAUGCUUGUUGUCUUUAUCCUGAUAAAAUACAAGAGAUUGAAGAGUAUGACUGACAUCUACCUGCUCAAUUUGGCAAUAUCUGAUUUGCUGUUUAUAUUUUCUCUUCCUUUUUGGGCUUAUUACGCUGUUCACGACUGGAUUUUUGGGGAGGCGCUGUGUAGAAUUCUCUCAGGUGUCUACCUGCUUGGCUUCUACAGCGGGAUCUUUUUCAUAAUCCUGUUGACCCUAGACAGGUAUCUGGCCAUAGUGCACGCAGUGUUUGCUUUAAAAGCUAGGACAGUUACCUACGGCAUCCUCACCAGCGCUGUCACUUGGGCUGUUGCUAUUUUUGCUUCCAUUCCUGGGAUGGUAUUUCACAAAACUCAAAGGGAAAAUUCACGUUAUACUUGCAGUGCUCAUUAUGAAAGCGAUACCACAAUAAAUUGGAAGUACUCCUACAUUUUAAAGAUGAACAUUCUGGGACUUAUUGUUCCAAUGUUCAUUAUGAUUUUCAGUUACUCACAAAUUCUAAAAACAUUAUUGAGAUGCAAGAAUGAGAAAAAACAGAAGGCAGUCAGACUUAUUUUUGUGAUCAUGAUUUUUUACUUCAUCUUUUGGACACCGUUCCAUAUUUCUUCUUUCUUGCAUACAUUCCAAAGUUUACUUUUCAACCCAAAUUGUGAAAUCAAAGGUCAAUUGGAGAAAGCAAUCCAAGUGACAGAAACAAUCUCAAUGAUCCACUGUUGUAUCAAUCCUGUGAUCUAUGCAUUUGUUGGAGAAAAAUUUAGGAAGUACCUUUAUACCUUUUUCCGAAAGCAUAUUGCAGCCCAUGUCUGCAAAAAAUGUCCAAAUCUUUAUCGUGAAAAAUUAGAAAGAGUUAGUUCCACCUUCACACCAUCCACUGCAGAGCAUGACAUCUCUACUGGACUGUAA